AUGACGGUCGACGUCACGUUGCUCGCGCCCGUCGCGGCGCUGGGCGUCGGGUACGGGGCGAUUCGAGCGGCGCUGUACAGCAAACUGCAGUUCGCCGUCGCGGAGCAGUUGGCGUCGCGCGUGCCGGCGGAGGCGGUGGUCAUCGAGCUCGGCGUGGAUACUAAGAAUUUGUACUAUUAUCCAAAGUCCACGAAAUUGGUCGUGUGCGUGGCGCCGGAUGUUAACACAGAACUGGUGAAUCGAAUAGCCAUCGAGACGUCGACGCCUGUGCUGCCGCGGUCGGCGCCCAUCGCCGGCAGCGGCGAGGGGGAUUUGUUUUGGGGUCAGGCGCGUGAAAGUGCGGACGCAGUGGUCACCACUGGAUGUUUAGCGAAGAUGACGACGGAGUCAGUGCGUACCGUCGCGCGCAAGGCGGCGCAAGUGUUACGCCCGGGAGGUCGGUUCUUGUUCGUCGAACCGGCCAACGGCGAACGAGGGCAGUCGCUUUUCGACGCCAUCGAAGCCACGAAUGCGUUUGAGACGCCGAUUGCUUUCGAUGAGAGCUGGGCUACGCUACCUUUAUUCCCGCACGCCAUCGGCGUGGCGAUUAAGAAGGAUCGUACGUCGGCGGCGGAUGCGAAGGGCGAAGGGAAGAAGAUUUCAAACUUGCGCUCGCGGCGGAGGAAUACUUAG